UGCGUCAUCUCCAGGGCAGCGGAAAAUGGCGGAGGCUUUACCGGAGGCUGGACGGUUCUUCUGUCAUAGCUGUUCGGCCGAGAUCAAUCCUCGCCUUCCGGAGUAUACCUGCCCAAGAUGUGAAUCGGGGUUCAUUGAGGAACUUCCCGAAAUAAGGAGCACAGAAAAUAGUAGCAACACCUCUGGUACAGAUCAAAAUAGACAUCCAUUUGAGGGCCUAGAAGCAACGCAGUUCUCCCUGCCGCCUGGCUAUGGGCAAGUCACUUUUGGAAUUUUCAAUGAGGGCCUGGAGUUCCCAAUCUUUAGCACAAGUGCACCAGGCGAAGAGACCCGAGAAGGGGAAAGCAGGAGAGAGCAACAGUCACGGCAUAGAUAUAGUGCAAGGCAACCUCGUGCCAGGCUGAGUACAAGGCGAUCUACAGGGAGGCAUGAGGGCGUGCCUACACUAGAAGGGAUCAUACAACAACUGGUCAAUGGGAUUAUCGCACCUACUGCAAUGCCAAAUUUAGGACUGGGACCAUGGGGAGUUCUUCAUUCCAAUCCAAUGGACUAUGCUUGGGGAGCCAAUGGCCUGGACACAAUAAUCACUCAGUUACUUAACCAGUUUGAAAACACUGGACCCCCACCUGCAGACAAUGAGAAGAUCCAAGCCCUUCCUACGAUCCAAAUAACAGAUGAACAUGUGGGUUCUGGACUGGAAUGUCCAGUAUGUAAGGAGGAUUAUACAGUUGGUGAAAAUGUGAGACAACUUCCUUGCAAUCAUUUAUUUCAUAAUAACUGCAUCAUCCCCUGGUUAGAACAGCAUGAUACGUGUCCUGUAUGUAGGAAAAGCCUGAGUGGUCAGAACACAGCCACCAAUCCUCCAGGAUUAACAGACAUGAAUUUUUCUGCUUCCUCUGCUUCAUCUUCAUCCUCCACCUCCCCUACUGAUGAAAAUAAUUCUGCCAAUAACUCCUGAGAUAGGGAGGGGGGGAGCAGCUGCUGGGUACCAGCUCCUUAUACCACCCUCUCAUCUGCUGCUUUCUUAACACUGCAUUCAGAGCCGAAGAGGGAACCCUGUCCAGGAGUUCCUGAGCAGGGCACUUUAAGACUAAUGGGGGUUAAGUCUAAGUGUCUCUUCCUCCUUCCCAAGUGGAACAGCUGGGAACCAAACUGCUCAUCAUCAGUUUCAUUUCCCCCCUCCCUAAAAUGACAUCUGGCAUGGAAAAGACUGUGUGGGUGUGACUUUUUUUUUUUUUUUUCUUCAGAAGGGUUUGGGUCUCCUCUUUUAAAACACAGAGGUUCGGUAACUCCUUUUUAUCAUUUUAUUUUUUAAUGCUUUGAGGUUUUUAAUCUUUAAAUUAAACAUGAAUGAUUAAUACUGCUCUUGGCGUGAGCAGUUACUGCACAACGCAUUUUGUUUCCUGGUUUAGAGAAUACUUGCAAAAUGUGCCAUCCUGUAAAGUGAGUGGGCAUGGUUAAAAAAAAAAGGAAGUUAGGCUAAGAUCACUCUCAUAAUUUGUUAUUCAUACAGUUUUGGACAUAGUACAGUAAUGAUUUGUGUUACAGUGCAUCAUUCAGAGUGUCAUUUUUAUUCCU